CCUAGGUACAACCAGGAGAGAUGGUCGGAGCGUUGGCUGCCCAGUCGCUCGGAGAACUUGCCACACAGAUGACACUCAACACUUUCCAUUACGCCGGAGUAUCUGCCAAGAAUGUAACUGUAGGUGUGCCUCGUCUCAAGGAGAUCAUCAACAUCUCUAAGAAACCAAAGACUCCUUCCCUUACUGUGCACUUGACUGGCCAGGGAGCAAGAGAAGCAGAGAAGGCCAAGGAUGUACUGUGUAGGCUGGAACACACGACUUUGAGAAAGGUCACAGCAAACACAGCCAUUUAUUAUGACCCGGACCCACAGAACACAGUCAUAUCCGAGGACCAGGAAUGGGUCAAUGUGUAUUAUGAAAUGCCGGACUUUGAUGUGUCCAGGAUUUCACCCUGGCUGCUCCGAAUGGAGCUGGACAGAAAGAGGAUGACUGACAAAAAACUUACCAUGGAGCAAAUUUCUGCAAAAAUCACUGCAGGUUUUGGAGAUGAUCUUAACUGCAUCUUCAAUGAUGACAAUGCAGAGAAAUUGGUGCUACGAAUCCGAAUCAAGAAUUCAGAUGAAAGCGAAAUGCAAAGUGAUGAGGAAAUCGUGGACAAGAUGGAAGAUGAUGUUUUCCUCCGAUGUAUCGAGUCCAACCUGCUGUCUGACAUGACCUUACAAGGAAUUGAGACCAUUGCUAAG